AUGUACUUGGCGGUGGGGCUCAGCGCCGUGGCGGUCGUACUGGCCUACUGGUACGUCACCCGACCGGCGCCUGUUCCGCACAUCGAGCGCGUAUACCCGGAGCAAGCACGCCCUGGAUGGAAGGGGCCGCUUCGUGAUCCGUCCAAACCGGUGGUGGGCGCCUCCUCCAUUCACUGCUAUGACCCGGCCACAGGCUACGUCUUAGGCGAGGUCCCGGCGGAUACCCCAGAUACGAUCCGCGCCAAGAUCGGACGUGCAGUGCAGGCGCAGGAGGCCUGGCGCACGUCGUCGUUCGAGGCACGUAGGCACGUAUUGCGUGCCAUGCAUGCAUGGAUCCAGCGUGAUUUGGAGCCGAUCGCGCGGAUCGCCUGCCGCGACACAGGCAAAACGCAGGCUAUCGACGCUGCGUUUGGCGAGCUGCUUACGACCUGCGCCAAGCUCGCAUGGACGAUUCAGCAGGGCGAGAAGGUGCUCCGUCCGGAGCGCCGCUCAGGCAAUCUGCUGCUGGCACACAAACGAUGCACCGUCUUCCACGAGCCACUGGGCGUCGUUGCAGCCUGCGUCUCGUGGAACUACCCGGUGCACAAUAUGCUGGGCCCCAUUAUUUCUGCCCUGUUUGCUGGCAAUGCCAUUGUGGUCAAGUGCUCUGAACAAGUCGCAUGGACGUCGCAUCACAUGCUUACUGCCGUCCACCGUUGCCUGGAUGCAUGCGGUGCCCCACGCGAUCUUGUUCAGGUCGUGACAUGCGGUCCAGCGUCUGUGGAAGCCCUUACGCGCGAUCCUCGGCUUGCUCAUAUCACGUUCAUUGGCAGCGAUGCCGUUGGGCGGAAAGUCGCCGAAGCUGCGGCGCCGCAACUGACGGCCACGACGUUGGAGUUGGGCGGUAAGGAUCCAGCGGUCAUUCUGCCGGAUACGUCGCUGUCGUUCUUUACGUCCAUGUUUAUGCGUGCCUGCUUCCAGGCCAUGGGCCAAAACUGUAUUGGCAUUGAGCGGUUUAUUGUGCCACGGUCGAUGGUGGACGAGCUGGUCGACGCGGUGCGUCCUCGCAUCGAGAAGCUGCGGUGCGGUAGUUUUCUGGACGAGACGCGGUUUGGAUGUGGGCCUGACGGCCAGGAUACCGUCGACUGCGGUGCUAUGAUCUCUGAUGCCCGCUUUGACGCGCUGGAGGCGCUCAUUACCGACGCCGUGGCGCAUGGUGCCAAGCUUGUGCUGGGCGGUCAUCGUCUCGUGCACCCAACGUGGCCUCUGGGUCAUUACUUUGCACCGACGCUGCUUACGCACGUCACGCCAUCGAUGCGCAUUGCGCAGGAAGAGCUCUUCGCCCCUGUGUUCCUGAUCAUGGCCUACGACGACGUCGAAGAAGCCGUGCAGAUCGCGAACGGCACCGCUUUCGGCUUGGGCUCCUCGGUGUUUGGACGGACCAAGGCGCAGUGCCAUGCGGUGGCUGUGCGGCUGCAGAGCGGUAUGGUGAACAUCAACGAUUUCGGCAUUUCCUACUUGAACCAAGGCCUGCCGUUCGGCGGCCGAAAGGAUUCCGGCUAUGGCCGCUUUGCAGGGCCUGAAGGGCUGCUGGGCCUCACGGCCCCGAAAGCUGUGACAGAGGACGUGGCAUUUGGUCUGGUACAGACCUCGAUUCCGCCCGUGGUCGACUAUCCGCUGUCGAACACACAGCGGAGCUGGACGUUUUUGCGCUCGCUUGUGCGACUUGCGUUUGGCUCGUGGACCGAUGCCCUAGGCGCGAUCCCAGGUCUUCUAUAG